GCUGCUCAUAUUCAUGGUGGAAAACGCGUUAUGGAGAUUGAUUCACAAUGUGGUACGAAUCUUGAAACUUGGUAUUUUCCAUGCUUUUGAAGAAAGAAGACAACCAUCUUGUACAUCAUGCAGUUACUGACACCUUGAUGUGUGUUACAUUUGAAAUGACUAGUCAAAUCAUAUCCUCCGACAUGUCUUGUCUAAUACAUUUCAAAAAGCAUGUAAUGUGCGUUGCAAACGAUAAAAUGAUGAUGUAAUCAAAAACAGAAUCAUUUAAUCAUAUUCAUAAUUUGACUAAUUCAGCUCAGGGCAGAGAAGAAAAAUCUACACUGAAAGAUGAUGACUGAUGUAAUAAACAUAAUUCGUCUAUUGGUUUAAAACAGUAACAGUGAGCAACAGUUUAGUAAGAGAAACAAUAAACGAAAUCAGGAAGGGAGUGAAAAUCAUGAAUGUAGCAUUUGUUCUAAAGUGUUUCUAAGUUGAAACAACUAUGACAAUGCAUUCUACAGACGGACCAUUCACGUGUAAAACGUGUCAUGAAGAAUUUUCAACAGUUGAUUCUUUUGAAGAGCAUAACUCAAGAUUGCACUGCGCGUUUUGUAAGAAGUAUUUCAAGAAAGCCCAUUUACUGAGAGUCCACAUGCGGAGUCAUUCAGACGAGCGACCUUUUACGUGCACUGUAUGCGGGAAAUCGUUCAAGACGAACACUCAUUUAAAGGGGCACGCCAAAACCCAUACUGGUGAAAAACAGUUUACUUGUCACAUCUGCGGGUCAUCGUUUCUAAUGAGCUCCAAUCUGAAAAAUCACUUGAAGAUCCAUGCCGGCAUCAAGCCUCACGUGUGUGACCAUUGCAACAAACGAUUCUGUCGACCAUCAGACCUCCAGCAACACAAGCGGACACAUUCAGGUGAGAAACCUUAUUCAUGUGACCGGUGUGGAAAGCGCUACAUGGAGAGGUCGGGAUACCAGUUCCAUCUGAAGUCCCAUGUAGACGACAGACCACACGGCUGUGGCUACUGCAACAGACGAUUCAUCAAGUCCUCCGAUUUAAAACGUCACGAACGACUACACACUGGUAAAAAGUGCUUCAACCUGGGGUAAUAAGAGACAGUAUGCCGCACACAUAUAAACCAAAGUUGGGUGCAAAACUUUGUAAAAAAAACAUUCAAAAGAAGACAUAUUAAAGGCUGUGGAUACUGUUAAUAGUGGACUUUGAGUUUGAAUGUACAAGAAGGCGACUAUGUCUUGCUCACGGACGAUAAUGAGAUAUAUCCAGGUGUAAUAACAUUGAUGAAGGAUAACAGAUGCUCAAUAAAAGCAAUGGAGAAGAGUGGUGGGAAUUGGAAGUGGCCCAAAACAACUGGCAUUUUAUUCUAUCCAAUGGAGGACUUGAAACAAAAGAUCGAAAAACCGAACGAACUGAAAAGGGGUGUUAUUGAAGUGAAUGAAUUGAAGCAUCAUUUUGCCCAAAAGAAAGAAACUGUUGACAUGUGUUACAAUUGUUUAGAUGACAAAAACUAUUGUUAAAACAUUUUCUGUUGUAUUUUAAACCAUCCAAGAUCUGGAGAACAGAUUAUUUUUAUUUUUCUGUGAUUAGUUCAUUUUGUGCCAAAAGGCAGACUCCGCCGGGCUUACUCAGGUUUAUUUAGAGCUCUGAUUUACUUGUUUUCUAUUGUUUUGUUGUGAAACAUUAUUUUUUUUUUUUUUUUAAAUAUGCUCUUUGUUCCUUAUAACCCCUAUUGAAGUUAUAAUAGGAACAUCAACUAAAACCAAUGGCUAUCCCUUAUAACCCCAUCCAUGGGGUAAUAAGGGACAAUCAUUAGAAAAAUAAUAAAAAAAUACUUGGAGUUUAGAUUUUGGAACAUGGCAUGAACCAUUGAGAAGUCUGACCAAAUAGUCACAAAAUGGCAUAGGACUUCCUCCCACAUCAGUUAGAUGUAUGGAUAAUUUAUAAGAAAGGUUUCAAAAUCGUACCCUUAUUACCCCAUUUUACGGUAUAUUAAAUCAGAAUAAUUAUUUUUCUGAAUAUCAAUUGCUCGAAUAACAAAACUAAUUUCCACCAAAUGCUGAAUACAUAAUAAUCAUCUAAUACAAAUAAUUAAAUAAUGAUUGCCUUUAAUAAAUGAGAAAUCAUCAAGAAAACAGCAAUAAUAAUGACUACAAAUAUGAUUUAUUACAUCAACUACAUUCAAUGUAAACUGAUCAAUAUAACUUGUGUUAAAUAUACGUGCUCAUUACAGGCUCUGACAUCAACUUCGUAAACAGUUUGUUAAUCAUUCAAACAGCAACAAAUAUUCAGAUUAAUGUAUUUCACAAUGCAAACAGUGGAUUUUGGCAUGGUUACCAAUUUGAGAACAAGUAACAACAUAUUUAGAAAAUAAUCUGUCCUUUUAUUGUAGAUAAAAUCUGUAAAGAGCACAAUUUAGAUUAAAUAUCUAUUUUAUGUUUUAACUGACUCUACAGCAGUGACAGAAUAAAGAAAAACCUACUGAUACAAUUACAUGAAACCAGUUCAUUUUGCUACUCCGAAAACAAGUUUGUUUGCUUCACAUCCAUAUUGACAUAAGAAUUUUUUUUAAUUAAAGAUUUAAUUUGGCCUUCACCAUGAGCAGAAUCAAGGCGAGCUGAAAAUCACUCUCGAUAAAUGAUGCCAGGCUAGCAAUCACAAGAAGUUUCAAAUGGAAUUCAUUAAACAUGUUAUUGGAAGGUGAUAAAUUUUUCAUUCUCCUAAAUGUUUCCACUCAAAUGUGAAGAGGAGCACCAGUGAUCAAUUGUCUUUUCUGAUGAACACUAAAGGAUAUUUUGUAAUGAGAUAUUUUUUAAUCAAAAAAAAACAAAAAACAAAAACAAACCUCACCAAAAAGCUAUGAGCUUAACUUCAAUUUAUAAAACAAACUUUUAUUACAAAAUUUUAUAUUUUAAUAAUAGAUUUUAGAAUUAAAAAAUAUAUAUAUUGUGUUAAGGCAAAGGUUGAUGAGUUUAUGUUGUUUGUAAAUGGUAAACA